AUGCUAAGACCGGUUAUAGUCGGUAAGUUGCUAAGACUACAAUAGUAGCAUUGAGUGGAAAUCAGAUUUGAUUAGAUGGGUUAUCAUUCUUCUCGUCGUUGCCUGGAGAUAAUUAUCCACGUUCACCGGUAAGGGCUUGACUUAAAGGCACUGCUUGCAGCUGUGCGUGAUAAGAGCAUUCCUGUUUUUCAGAGAAUUUUUACGGAUGUUCUUUUUGAGAUACUUAUUCAUUUCGUUCUUGACGGUCACAAAGUUCAAAUUUUCUUACCUUCUCAUUAUGAAGAAGACUCGAAGCUGAAGGUUUGAACUUCGGCGAAACUUGUCUCCCUCAUCAUUCAUUUUUAGAUCGACGUUCCUUCAAACUUCCAGUUCUUGAGAAGACAUGAUUGCGUUAAGUUCAUACAAAAAAAAAAUCGUAAAUUAUUUGUAGAAGAAGUAGCGAGGCAAGCUGUAAAGGUACUCAUUUGUCACUCCCUAUUUGCUGACGCAAGCCAAAAUGGGGUUAUUCAAUUUUGUCAAAAAAUAAAAAGAAACAUCUUUUUCCAUUUUUGUUCCACUUUGAAAAACGAACUCCAUGAUUUUUCUGGUUUUGAAUCAGGGUUUUGCGGAAAAAAACCCUUUUCCGACAGAAUGAGUCAGUUCUGUUUCGUAAUUCCGCACAUUACGUAGCGAGUUAAAUAGGUCGCGUUUAGAUCAGCAACUUUCUAAUUAGAUUAAUAUCGAAUUGCCAGAGUACCUCGUAUGAAGUUUUGCGAAGCAUUCUAUUUACUUGAACUUGUACAAGUACUUUUAGAAACUUCAGGUUUGUGGAAUCCUGGUGAGCAACGACUGCGAAAUUGUGAACACCGACUUGGUUGUUUGCCGCCCUGUAUUUCGUCAGUGUUCAGAUGAGAAAAAUGAUUUUCUGAUCGCUUACGUUUUUGAUGACCGUGAACCAUUCACUACUCCGACGAUAGUAAGCGGAUUGGACACUGGCAGUUCUUCAAUACACAUAGAUCCCGAGAUUACAGUAGAAAGCUGCCGUGAACCAGACGAUCAUGCAAUUGUUACGUAUCGAGAGCUGGCAGGAACUGUCAGUUUUGUGUGCGACUCUUAAAAAAUGUUAAGAAAUCUUCAGAAACGUAUAUAUGCAAAUGAUGACAACACUGAGAUUUCAAAGUCUACGCAGCAACUUCUUCUGAAAGAGCAAGUGUUCUUGGUAAUAAAAAAAUCAUUUUUUCUGGAUUUAAUUAUAAAUGUUUAGGUUUCAUCUCUGGCAACACUGUCUGUUUCUCGUUCUAGGCACUUCCGUUGGAUUUGUACAUUCUUAAUGAUAGUCAAGCGGAGCUCACCCCAUCUUCUACCCGAAUUCAUAAGAAACGGGAAUUUACUGAAUAACUGACAAAUUCUCUCAAAACAAAAAGUGAAAGCGAGAGUGCCAAAGCGCCGUGGUGUUCAGAGUGGAACACUUCGCCCACUUCAGGCAACUCCUUUAG